GUAUAGAUGUAGAGAUCAAACCUGCUGGAAAUAUUACAGAGCCUAUUUUUAUCGGAAAAAUAAUGUGAAGUAUAAUAGUUAUGUGACUGUUAUCUGUAAAUAAAAAAAAUCACCGAUUUUGCCGUAAACUGUUCCAGUGGUUUGUUGUGAAAUUCAUUGAAGAUGAUGAAAAUGCUUUUAAUUUGUACAAUUUCCUUAUUGCAUUUUUUUUGCAUACAUUUUUCUUCGGGACUGCAAGACGUUACUGCAGAUUUAUUCGGAAAUGAGAAUUAUGGCACCAUCGCAGCUUUUGGAGAUUUUAAUUCGGAUAAGCAAACCGACCUCUUCAUUAUCAGAUCACAAUCAGAACUAACCAUAUACUUUGCGGCAUUUAAAUAUCCCCACUUUCAGCCAAAUGUGAAGAUAUUGCUGAUGGACGUCAUAAGUAGUGUUGUUCCAGGGGACUAUGAUGGAGAUUCCCAGAUGGAUGUCCUUCUUACUACGCACCCAAAAGAUAAGGAUAACCAGGAGACAUCUGUUUUAAUUUUCUGGGGAGAAAAUCAAACUUUAGAUCAAAGCAGAGUGACAAAAUUAAACAAGACAUUUAUUGAUCAGCCUCUUGUAAUGGAUUUUAAUGGAGAUUUAAUACCUGACAUAUUUGGUAUUGUCAAAGCUAUUUCCCAGCCACAGAUUUGCUAUUUAAAUGGACGAAAUAUUUCAUGGUAUACAGCGCUUGAGGCUGAAAUAAUAAUGCGUGUGCCCCAGUCACAUGCGUUUAUUGAUCUGGAUAAAGAUUUCACCACAGAUCUGUUCCUGACCACAACAACUUCAAGUAGUGCCUAUUUUGAAACAUGGACAAAUAAGAAUGGCAACUUCUCACAAUACAUCAAGAUAAAGAGUCCUGCUUCUGUAAAGAACACUGGGCAGUCUGCAUUUGCAGAUUUUGAUGGUGAUGGUAUCCAAGAUCAUUUGUUGCCAGUCUGUAUGGAUGAUAAUUGCAUGCAAAGUGCUAUUUAUCUCAGCAAAUCUGGACGAGAAGAGUGGAUUCCAAUUUUGACUAAUUUCAAUUCCAAAGACACACUGUGGGGUUUUGUACCCUUAACUCCUGCUUCAGAUUUCUUACCUCUGCUUCCAAUUACACUGCAUAUCGGAGACUAUAAUCUGGAUGGCUUUCCAGAUGCUCUGGUAAUCCUGAAAAACUUAUCUGGGAGCAAUCACCAGCAGCAAGCUUUUCUUCUGGAGAACGUGCCAUGCAACAAUGCCAGCUGCAUGUCCAUAGGUCGCAUGUUCCGAGUCUUCUGGGAGCUGUCUGACCUGAGUCAAAUCAAAGAUGCUGUGGUUGCCACCUUCUUUGACAUUUAUGAAGAUGGAAUAUUGGAUCUGCUGAUUCUCAGCAAUGGAGGAGCAAAGAAUGAGCUUGCAAUCCAUGCCGUAAAAAACAAUUUUGAGGCAGAUGCUUACUUUGUAAAAGUAAUUGUGCUCAGUGGAUUGUGCUUCAAUGGCUGCCCAGGGAAAGUCACACCCUUUGGUGUAAACCAGCCAGGACCUUAUGUCAUGUAUACUUCAGUGGAUGCCAAUGGAUAUUUAAAGAAUGCGUCGGCUGGACAGCUCAGCCAGUCAGCCCACUUUGCCUUACAGCUGCCUUACACAGUGUUUGGUUUAGGCCGUAGUGCUAACUUCCUGGAUCAUCUGUAUGUUGGAAUUCCACGCCCUCUGAGAGAAACGGCACCUCGCCAGCAGGAGUGGACUGCAAUCAUCCCCAAUUCUCAGUUGAUUGUCAUUCCAUUUCCCCCCAAUAAUCCACAUAACUGGAGUGCUAAGCUGUAUUUGACUCCCAGUAACAUAGUUAUGCUUACUGCAAUCGCUCUGAUUGGCGUUUGCGUUUUCAUCCUUGUAAUAAUCGCCAUAUUACACUGGCAGGAGAAGAAAGCAGAUGAUAGAGAAAAACGUCAGGAAGCGCACAGGUUCCAUUUUGAUGCAAUGUAAAUAAAUUUAAAAUAAUGAUUAAUCUAUUUUCCUUGCUGCUUGGAUGGGGUCUUGGACAAGAGCUACAUUUAUUAUUUAGAAAGAUAAAUUAGAACUUGACAUGUUGGUGACAGUGUUUUCCUUGAUAUUAAUGGGAGAAUAAAUUUGUAUUUCAUAUUGUGGUGGUUUUAUUCAAAAAAUGUUAAUAAUGGAUUAUAGGGAAUGAUUUUUCAUACCUGUUCUUAUCAGGUAAAUUUAUUUUUAAAAAAUCUGUUUUCGUCAAUUUAAAAGGCUGCAUAGCUGGAAACAUCAGCUAGUAACGACAGCAACAAAAUAACACCUUCCAAGCAACUUGCAGUAAUCAUUUUUUACAAAAUUAAUUAUAGUGUUGCUAAAAGUUAUUUUCAGCUGCAUUUAAAUGUAAAACAAAAAAUGAAGGGGAGCACGUAUUAGCCUCUGGAAAUGCUUUGGGGAACUUUAAAAUUUAGUUCUGCCACAUAAGCAUGAAAUCCUAAAAAGAAGGACAACAAAUCAGGAUCCCAUUAUGUACUGUAUACAAGGAAUGAAUCAUCAGUUCCAGAAUAUUAAUCUCCCAUGUAUUAAUUUGGGGGCAUAUCCACCUGCAAGGGAACAUGGACUGUUUAGGUGGUUGAAUGCUAAAGGGACAUUAAGCUCUUCUGAUGUGUUACUGUCUUUCACUGGUGUUUUUCAAUGUGUAUCUUUCAAACUGUGUCCUGUUAGUAUACGAGCAUUGUUGUAGCUGUCGUUUUUGUCUUUUGCAUAUACUUAUUUUAAAAAGAAUGUUUGUUACUCAGUUAGGGGCAAUGUUUACAUUCUUUAAGUGAUCUAACAUAUUUGCACUAAAUUCUUAAAGACUACUGAUCCAAUGCUACUAAAACCAGUCAAACUAAAAAUCAGAAAAUAUAACAUGUUCUUUAAUUUUGUCUCAACAAAUAUCUCUUUUAGCCAGUCUUCUUUAUUGUAAAACUCAUUCUUUAACAUAUGAGUAAUUUACAGGUGUUCAUUAUCAUAAUGGUUACUACAAAUUUUAAACUAUUGCUUAACCUUAUUCUCUCAACAAAGUAGACUUUUCUGAAAUACUGGUGUUCUGGGGAGGGGAGGGGCUUAGAACAGCACCUGUAUCUACUUUAUUCAGUGCCAUUCCAUAUGUACAGUAUGAAAAAUACAAAAUCUUUACAAAGGACCAGGUUUUUAUACCACGUGACAUACCAAUUCACUUAUAGGGAAGCUAAGCAGGUGUAAUAGUUUUCUGGAAAUUAUGUAGAAAUGAAGUAUUUUCCAUUAUCUCGAUUAAUUUCACUUGUAUACCUUAAAUGUACCUAUUUUCAUCUGGUUAAGUGUACCAUCGUUCUAGAAUUCUAUAUUCAGUUAGUCUGCAUCUUUACUCUUACAUUUUUUAUUGCUGAAACACAUGCUCUAAUUCUGUUUUGGUUUAAUAUAGAAUGUAUUUAUUUAUUUAAAUUUUUCCUGGGAAUUACCCCUUUUAUUUAAGUUUGACUUUGGUACACAACAUUAGAAUUUAUGCAGUAAUAAAUAUUUGUUAAAAAAGGUUUACUAUGGGAAGAAAAUGUAAUUAAUGCACUUUUACUGGUAACAAAUUUUAUUUAAUAAUUAAACAUAUUGCUGUCUGCACCUCUAUGUGUAUUUUAUUUACUGUUUUGGUUUCCCAGUGUAUGCAUUGUAAAUGAAAUUUCUCAAUAAAAUAUGACUAACUUAAAUCUGCA